UUUUUUUUCUUUUAUUGUGAAGGCGUCCCUGUCGCCCUCACGCUUCCGGCGCUGAGCCCGGCUCCGUCCCCAGCUGUCCUCUCCGCCGCAAUAACUCGCCGUUGUUGGAGCCUCUCAGAUGCGGAGAGACCCUCCAGUCUGUGAACACCUCGAAGCCGCCGGAUCAGACCCGAGAACAGCCGCCCACUCACGCACACGCAGACUUCACGCACACGGGAGUUCCUUUUCCACUUUUUAAGUUUCUUUCACAAGCUGCGCCAGGUUUUCUUUCUUUCUUUUUCUUUCCCCGGCUUUGUGAAGUGGAGCCGGACAUCAUCCCUGCAUACACCACCACCUCCACCACCAGCAGCAGCAGCAGCAUUCCUGCUCCCACUCUUUGCAGAGCAGCGUGGAUGUGGAAGUCUUUAACUCAGUGACAUGGACGUCGCGGCUGAUUCAACCGCUUUGCACCUCACAGGCCGAGAGGGAAGGACUGGGAUAUGAUUCCUGGUGAUGAGGCGAAUGAAGUCUUCUGCGUGACAAAGAACAUAAAUGAGUAUUUGCCAUGCUACAUGGGAAGGCUUUAAACUCAACCCUCGUCUGGCUCUUCAUCCUCGUCGUCUUGGCCACUGCCCGUGGACGCUCCUACCCCCGGUUUUCCCGCAAUGACACUGAAUUCCAGCACUUGGUGCUCCACCCGGACCCCUCCGUGGGGACGGUGUACGUGGGGGCCAGGGACCACCUCUUCCAGCUGGAUGGUUCCGAUGGACUCCGGCUGGAGCAAGAGGAGACGACCGGCCCCGUGACUGACAGCAAAGACUGCCUUCCUCCAGUCACCGAAUCCAACUGUCCCCACGCCAGUAAAACCAGCAAUCACAACAAACUACUGCUGGUGGAUCCAAAGUCUUUAGAGCUGAUCAUGUGCGGCAGUGUUCACCAGGGUACCUGCCAGAAACGUAGCCUUACGUCAAUCAAGAAGGUUCUCUUCUUCACCGAGAGCCCUGUGGAGACACAGUACGUUGCGGCCAAUGAGCAGUCGGUGUCGACCGUGGGCCUGGUGGUGGAGCUUCACGGAGGGGAACGGACAGUGAUGUACGUAGGUCGGGGCUUUACUGCCGGCCACCCGCCCAUAUCCACCCGCCACCUCUCAUCAAAGCCUGUGUUUUCUUACGAGGAGACAGCCAAGCUAGCUGUGGCCGGGCGACUGUCAGAAUACGACCACCACUUUGUGACAGCGUUUACUCGCCGCUCCUACGUCUACUUCUUGUUUUACCGCCGUGACAUCAAGUCAGCAUCGAGGGAGUACCGGACAUACGCCGCCCGAGUGUGCCUGGAAGACACCUCCUACUAUUCAUAUGUGGAGGUUCCUCUGUUGUGCCAGUCGGCAUCUUCUUCUUCCAGGAAUUAUAACCUUCUCCAGGCGGCCCAGGUGGGACAAGGUGCAGGCCUGCAAGGCGAGGACCUGCUGGGAGUUUUCUCCAUCCGAAGCAGCUCCACGAGCAGCAACCCCGCGGACGCCUCGGCCCUGUGCGUUUACCCUCUGGAUGAGCUCGACAGACACAUCAACUACACCCGUGACCUCUGCUACACCAAGGACGGGAAGGAGGAGGGAAGAGAGGUGGCCUACAUAGAGUACGAUGUCAAGUCCAGCUGUGCCAACCUGCGGCGGAAUACCUCGAAAGCGUAUCCCUGUGGCUCUGACCACACCCCGAGUCCGAUGGCGAGCCGGAAACCGCUGGAAGCUAAAGCCGUGUGGGAGACGUCGGCGUCCCAUCUCACCGCUGUGGCCGUCAGCGUGAGACAGGGACACAGCAUCGCCUUCCUGGGAGAUGACAGAGGAACUCUUCACAAGGUGUAUCUCGGCCAAGAUGGUGUGGUGGAAGUAUAUGCGAACACAACAAUCCAUCCCAACUCCCCGAUCAACAGUGACCUUUUACUGGAUCAAAAUGGAGGACACAUCUACGUCAUGACCAAAACUACCUUGGAGAAGCGUCCGGUGGCAGAAUGCGGAGAUCAUUCGGACUGUCAGUCCUGUCUGGCCGCCAAGGACCCCUACUGUGGUUGGUGUGUCCUGGAGGGACGCUGUGGGCAGCAGUGGGAGUGCCAGCGAGGCUCUGUGCAGGGCCAGUGGCUGUGGAGCUUCAACCAAACGCAGCAGUGCCUCGGCAUCCAGCACCUCAGCCUCUACAACAUCAGCCGCGGGGAGGAAACUGAUAUCACUGUGUCAGUAGAAGGUCUCCCCAGUCUAAAGCCAGGAGAGGCCUACUCCUGCUUCUUCCAGGACACAGAAACUCCUGCCUUGCUCACUACCUCUGGUGUGAUAUGCUCCACCCCUGACGCCAGCAACCUGCCCCCCAUUGGCCAUGGAGACGAGUUUGUGAUGGUGACCCUGUCGUUGCGUUUCGUAAACGUGACCGUGGCAGAGACAGAAUUCACCUUCUACAACUGCAGCUUGGUCCAGCAGCUGUCUGGACUCAGGCCAUGCCAAGGGUGUGUUAGCAGUCGCUGGGGGUGUAACUGGUGCAUCCACCAACAUGUCUGCACGCAUAAACACACCUGCAGCCAGGGAGUCACCAUCCACAACCAACACUUCAAACCGCCCCCACCCACCAUCCCACCUCCCACCAGAAAACCGACCCCUUCACUUCCUCCUGUCCUGACUCCUACAACAACAACAACAGCCCCUACAACAACAACAACAACAACAACAACAACAACAACAACACAUCCACCACCCACAGAGACAUCUGCCCCCACCACAGCAGCUGUCCCUUCAACUACCACUCCCACCACCACCACCACCACAGUGACACCACCUAACACCUCCCCUAAUGCUGAGUCCACCACACCAAUUGCCCCGGCCACAACUUCUCCCUUUGUCAGGAUCUCCACCCAGGCCACAACCAUACACACUGAUGCCACUACCCUGGGCGGGGCCCUCUAUGACGAAGAGGCAGCUGAAGGAACCACGAGAGGUUUUUCAAAGGAUGAAGACACUGACGCCCUUAAUUUCUCAGAUGGAACCCCCCACCCUACAUUACCCAGCACAAGCGCUAGCGGCCAGGUAGAUUCUGGUCUGAGAUAUUCAGAGCCAUCUGGCGACACAGUGGGCUCGACCUCUGGCAUAAGCUCGACCUCUUCCAGCGAGGUAGACCUCAGCGAGGACAAGGAAGCGUUUCCUCUGGCCACCUCUGGAGAGAAUGAUUCAUCUCCGUGGCAGCUGAAUGAGUGGGAGAAGGCCGAGGUGGACUCCGCCACGGGUACACCUGUGAUUCAUCAUCCGUUCAUCAUCACCACACAGUCACCCGAAACAGUUAUCGACCUCAACCUUGAACCCUCAGAAAAUUUCCAGUCUGAUUCUCCGACUGGUUCGUAUUUCCGGGAGUGCCCGUGUGUGGAGAAAGUUCAGAAUUCCUCCCUCCUCCCUGUCAACGUGGAGCGGAAGAUCACUCUGGUGGGGCAGCACCUGGACCUGUUUCAGGAUGAGGAGUUGGACUACGAGUGCGUGCUGGACAUCGAGAAUCGGUCGGUGGUGGUGGAAGCCUCCGUGGAGCAGGAUCCCACGCGGUCAUCGGUCUUCUUUAUCACCUGCCACCCGCACCAGUACGUGUAUUCUCUGGCGAUGGAGGAAUACCCGGCCACGAUCAACGUCAGGAGAAAGAACAACUUCCUCAUCGACAGCGCUGAGGAUCUGCACGUCAUGCUGUUCAACUGCUCGGUGGGGAGGUCCGACUGCAGCCGGUGUCGCACGGCCGACCACAAGUACGGCUGUGUGUGGUGUGGGGGGGCCGCCGGCUCUCGCUGCCUUUACAGGGACUCCUGCGCCGGCGAGGUCCAACACACCUGUCCUGCACCGGUCAUCCACAAGUUGGACCCGGUGUCCGGCCCCAAAGAGGGGGGGACAGUCGUGACUAUUUCAGGCUCUAACCUCGGCCAGAGGGUCGAAGACAUCGAGAGCUCCGUCUCUGUAGCGGGCGUCUCCUGCAGCGUCAUCCGAAGCAGAUAUGAAGUCUCCUCAAGGAUCGUGUGCGAGACCAAAGACAGCGGAGAGGAGAAGAGCGGCCAAGCUUCGGUCAAAGUGCGGGGAGGAGGAAUCGGGCUGUCCACUCAGAUCUUCAGCUUCCAGGACCCUGCGCUCAGCAGCAUCUUCCCCCAGAGAGGGCCCAAGGCGGGGGGCUCGUCCCUGACCAUCAGGGGCCGGCGGCUGAAGACCGGACACCUGAGCGAAGUCAGCGUCCUGAUCGGAGGAGUGCCUUGUGUGGUGUCGAACAUCCAGGACGAUCAGAUCAGCUGUCUGACCAGAGGCAGCAACCGGACGGGAGAGCACGGCAUCGUGGUGCGGUUCGGUGGGACAGAGCGACACCUGCAGGGUUUGGUGUAUCAUUACACCCCCAACCCCAACAUCACAAAGGCUGCUCCGUCCAAAAGCUUUUUCAGCGGAGGCAGAAUCAUCAAAGUGUCUGGUCACAACUUGGAUGUUGUUCAAGAGCCGAAAAUGAGAGUCACCCUCAGCCCCCCUGAUACCCUCCCCCCCAGGAGGAGGAGGAGGAGGAGGAGCCCCAGCAGCAGGAAGAGUGAAGGCAGACUGGGCGGAGUACAGGACCAGCGGGGUCAGAUGAAGAGAUGGAGGCGGAUCGUUCCCGAGGCCGACUGUCCCGAGGGGACGCUGUGUCGGGUCAAACAGUUCGAGUCUCGCUGCACGGUCAACAGCUCCUCUCUCAUCCAGUGUCCGAGCCCCGCCGUGGGUCCAGAGGCGAAGGGGGCCAGGGUCAAGGUUCACUUCCUGUUGGACAGCCUCCACUUUGACUUCAGCGCCGUGGGUAAAGAAGCCUUCAGCUACCAGCUGGACCCGUACAUCCCACCUCUGAACCACAACGACCGCAGCAAACCCUACCACCACAAACCUGGGAGCAUCAUCUCUGUGGAGGGGGAGAACCUGGAUCUGGCCAUCUUCAAAGACGAGGUGGAGGCUCGGAUAGGGGACGGCUUGUGUGUGGUGAAGACCCUGACACACAACCACCUGUACUGUGAACCUCCGGCCCAGCAGCCCUCAGCCGCCGCCGGGAAGAAGCAGGACGGCAUGGACAGCCUGCCCGAGUUCAUUGUGAGGAUGGGGAACCUGAACUUCUCCCUGGGCAGAGUUCAGUACGACAGCCAGGCACAGUCCACCUUCCCUCUGGAGGCUCAGGUGGGAGUCGGGGUGGGAGCCUCCAUAGUGGCUCUCAUCGUGCUCAUCAUAGUGUUCAUAUACAGGAGAAAGAGCAAACAAGCAAUGAGGGACUAUAAGAAGGUGCAGAUCCAGCUUGAGAACCUGGAGACCAGCGUGAGGGACCGGUGCAAGAAGGAGUUCACAGACCUGAUGACCGAGAUGAUGGACAUGUCCAGUGACUUGGUGGGCUCGGGGAUUCCCUUCCACGAUUACCGGGCGUACGCCGAGCGCAUUUUCUUCCCGGGCCACCAGGAGUCGCCACUGAGACGAGACCUGGACGUCCCAGAGAGCCGCAGGCAGACGGUGGAGCAAGGCCUGGUCCAGCUGUCCAAUCUGCUCAACAGCAAACUGUUUCUCACCAAGUUCAUUCACACUCUGGAGGUGCAGCGGACGUUCUCCCCCCGGGACCGGGCCUACGUGGCCUCUCUGCUGACCGUAGCCCUGCAUGGUAAACUGGAGUACUUCACCGACAUCCUGAAGACGCUGCUCAACGAUCUGGUGGAGCAAUACGUGGCCAAGAACCCCAAACUGAUGCUGAGGAGAACUGAAUCGGUUGUUGAGAAGCUCUUGACCAACUGGAUGUCCAUUUGUCUCUUCACCUUUCUGAGGGAGUCGGCGGGUGAGUCCUUCUACAUGCUGUUCAGAGCUAUAAAGCACCAGGUGGACAAGGGACCCGUGGACGCUGUGACGGGAAAAGCCAAGUACACGCUGAAUGACAACCGGCUUCUGCGCGAGGACGUGGAGUACCGCACACUGACUCUGAACGUUGUGAUGCCGGCUGCAGCCGCCGGCGGAGGCUCCAUCACUCAGACGGUUCCUGCCAAGGUGCUCGACUGCGACACCAUCACCCAAGUGAAGGAGAAGCUUCUGGAACAAACCUGGAAAGGAACGUCCUUCUCCCAGAGGCCGCACAUCGACUCGGUGCAUCUUGAGUGGCGUGCCGGAGUCGGGGGUCACCUGAUCCUGUCAGACGAGGACCUGACGUCGGUCGUUCAAGGCUCGUGGAAGCGGCUCAACACGCUGCAACACUACAAGGUCCCAGACGGAGCUACGGUGGCACUCGUCCCCAGAAACGGCAAACACCACCUGCACGACAGCCACGAUUACAUGCCCGGAGAGAAGACCCCUAUGCUGGACGACGGGGAGGAAGGGGGCGUGAGGCUUUGGCAUCUGGUGAAAGCCAGCGAGGAGUCCGAGCUCCCCAAACACAGGAGAGGCAGCAUGAGGGAGAGAGGAGGGGAGCGAGCCAAGGCCAUCCCCGAGAUCUACCUCACACGCCUGCUCUCCAUGAAGGGCACGCUGCAGAAGUUCGUGGACGAUUUAUUCACGGCGAUCCUCAGCACCAGUCGUCCCGUCCCUCUGGCCGUCAAGUACUUUUUCGACCUGUUGGAUGAGCAGGCUCUGCUGCACAACAUCUCGGACCCGGAGACCAUCCACAUCUGGAAAACCAACAGCUUACCGCUGAGGUUCUGGAUCAACAUCCUGAAGAACCCGCAGUUCAUCUUCGACGUGCAGACCUCGGACCACGUGGACGCCGUGCUGUCCGUCAUCGCCCAGACGUUCAUGGAUUCCUGCACCAUCGCUGACCACAAACUGGGACGGGACUCUCCCAUCAACAAGUUGCUGUACGCCAGAGACAUCCCACGCUACAAACAGAUGGUGGAGAGGUACUACGCUGACAUCCGGCAGACCAUCUCAGCCAGUGACCAGGAGAUGAACUCGUCUCUGGCUGAACUCUCUCGUAACUACUCGGCUGAGGUCAACUGUCUUGUGGCUUUACACGAACUCUACAAGUACAUCAACAAAUACUACGAUCAAAUCAUCACAGCCCUGGAAGAAGACGCCACGGCUCAGAAGAUGCAGCUGGGCUACAGGCUGCAGCAGAUCGCUGCCGCCGUAGAAAACAAGGUGACGGACCUAUGACCACAACGCCGGGACGGAUGAUUUUCACUCCUUUACCUCUGACGAGAGGACGUUGUCGGGAAAAGAAAAACUUUUUUCUUGACGUCUCAUCACGAAAAGAUAAAACACGACGGAGGAAUAUCGCGGCGCAUCCUCAGUGAAUUUUAGUGAUCGUCUCAAGGAGAUCGUCGCUGACUCUUGCUACGUUUUCCUGUGCUGUAUCGAGGAGCUCCAGUGAUUCCCAGACGGCAUCGCAGUGGGAGAAAAAGGACACGGUACCACUGGUUGAUGCCUCCUGAAGAUUGACAUAUCUUUCGAGGAUUCCCCGUGUUGUUUGAUUCUCAUAAAGGGAUACGAACGGAGAUCAUUGUGUUUAUUUUUUUUGUUUGUUUUCUCGUGGAGCAUUCCCCGCCUCGAGUCUGAAGGGACAAGGCUUAUGCAGAAGAACGACAAAUCUUAGAAUGCUGGAGGACGAAACGAUGGAGACUCGAUCCUUUAACGCUGACAUGUUGAGUCUUAGUUACGAGGAUAAACUCAUUCUGACGCCGCUUAUUAUAUCUUGAAGGAUGUUUCCACUCUGCUCUUAGCUUCCUUAAAUCCUUCGUUCAAGUCUUACUCUGUAUUUGAGUUUAAUUAGCCGGUACUGGAUGUUAACAGACGUGAUUUUUUUACUUUUUUUUUUGCUUUAUCAGCCGUUGCCCUUUUACUGUAACUCAUAGCUGCUGAUUUCUCGUCAUCGGAACUGAAGACAAGUGCUUUGUAGAAGCUUCCGUCUGCUUUUCUUUCAAUGGUGAUCGCUUACUGCUGUUGUGAAUGUCACGAUUUUUUUAAAGACUUUUUAAGCUUUUCUUUAGACGUAUUUCCCGUGUAGUUACUGAUCCGUCCUCAUCGAGAGAAUGAAAAGAAAAAAGUUUAAUAAGAUGUAGACAGAAGAAGCCGCGUUAAGACCGAGCCUGACCUCUUUAGACAAAUGUGUAAAUAUGAAAAUAACGCACAAAAGAAUUUAAAAAAAUCUUCAUGAGUGAAAAAAGGCCACUUGUCCAUUAACUUCCACCUUUUUUUUUUAUGUGAUUCUUUUUUCUCGAGCUUCGCAGGCGGCAAACAAAACGCGACAUAAUUACACAAGGAUUCUCAUGUGUGUUCAUUUUAUAAAUUUAUUUCAGUUGCUUGGCGCUUCCUGUUUUUUGUUAGAUUUAUUUUUAUAUAUAUUUUUUUUAUAAGUCAGGCUCGAUGUGGGCCCUCGUCUACACUCCUAUACAUCUGCAUUUGGUUUCCAGUUUUUCUAAGUGAAUUAAAUAAAUCUUGCUCCAUAAUUUACUAAACCUGGAUGAGCCGCUGCCUCCACUGGACGCUUGUUGGAGCAGAUAAUUUUCAUUUUUCUUUCAUUUUUUUGUAGUGUUUUUUAGUUUUUUUUGUGGCAGAGCGAAGCCCUUUAUCUUUUACAAGCUGUCCCUCGUCUUUCAAGGCUUAAAUCAGACCGUGUGAUUGUUAAACAGCUCUGCCUGUUUCUCCGUUUCGAUGCCACAUGUGAAAGUCUUUUUUUUUUUUUAUUAGUUGUGUUCCAAUUUAAUUUAUUGUUCAUUAUUUAUUUUAUUGCACUUGUUGUUGGUUAUUCCCUUUCAGACUGAUAAAAUGCCCCAGAACUCACUUGAUUCAAAAUCAAAUUCAGCUGUCUUGAAAAUUAUGCAUUCUUCUUCUUCUCUCUUUUUUUUUUUUUUUAAAUGUCCUUUACAAAUCUCAUCCAUUUUAAGAAGAAACAGGGACAAGGUUGAAACGUUGCAACCGAAUACCGUGUACAUUAUCACAAAAGUAACAUUGUCGUCGUUGACUGCCACGUGCACUAGCGCUGCGUGUGGCUUUACUGGCGCACGGUUCUCAUGUUUGUACUGUAGAUACAUGCUGUUCCUACGUAAUCCUGACUUUAGUGUUUUCUAACUAACUGAUAGGAGGAACCUAACAACAGCUUAAUGUGAUGCAAUAAAGUGGUCCAGAUGUUGA